AACUAGCCAGCCGAAUCGACCCCCCCAAUUCCCCGAAACCAGCGCCACCACCGCCCGACCCAUCCCGAUGGCUUCCCUGGCGGCGAGAUCCGGCCUCCGCUCCCUGGCGGCGCGCGCCAGGGCCCCCGCCCCGGCCCCGGCCGGACGCCGAAUGUCCUCCUCCGCCCACGACGACGCCUAUGAGACGGCCAAGUGGGAGAAGAUCACCAUCAUGGGGGCCGUCACAUGCACCCUCCUGGCGGCGUGGAACCUCUCCAAGGGCCACCCCCACUACGACGAGCCGCCGGCCUACCCCUACCUGCGCAUCCGCAACAAGGAGUUCCCCUGGGGUAUGAAUCUUCUACCCCUUCCUUCCCGUGCCCAUUUCAAUACGUACUGCUGUAAUUUCGUCCUUGAUUUUUCUGUCUGCGAUGUGAUCUCUACGAAAAGUGACCUUGUUUGAUUGGAUGCGAGCUUUUCGUUAAAAUGUGUAAUGUCUGUAUGCCGAUUGUUCUAAUGUAUGCCGGCAUUUCGUGUGAUGGGUUUGACAUUUCCUUACAGUAUAUAUGUAUAUGUUUCAUUACUUAGUUGGAUUCAGUUGUAUAGCUCGCUGAAAUACUGAAUAAUGUUAAUAUUGGCAGAGGUAUUUGAACUUACCUAUGAGCAGUUGUCCUGUUGUACUGAUUUAGAAGAAUUUUUUAGUGUAUACUGUAAUAUGUUGUUUUGGGGGUGGGAGGUGUGUUUAGGUCAUUAUUGUGCUUUAUCCAGUGAUAUUGUUUGUCUAUCUUGCAAGUCCUGAAAGAACAGUCUGAAUUUUACUGACCCAUUGAACAGUGGCGGAGCUUGAGCAUGAUCCAAGAGGGGCCAUUACCCCAAAAGAACCAAAUUAGUAGAGAAGGAGCGGCUAAUAUCUAAUUUAAACACUAAUUAGGCCUUAAAUAUAGCAUGUUCUUAUAUGGAUGCAAAAAAUCAAGGAGGGGGGGGGGGGCAUGGCCCCUGUUGGUCUACACUAAGCUCCGCCACUGCCAUUGAAUGAUUACCUUCAUUUCUGCUCUAUGACACAUCAAACAGUUUAUUUGUGACUUCAUGAAUGACCUUUGUUUGAAAGGAUUCGAUUAGCUGGGUUCCCUGUUUGGGAGUCUCUUUGUAACCUUAACCUAUUUAAUGAAGCUUCAUGCUUACGCUCUUUAGCGUUUGGGUAUAUGAAGGCAAAGAAAGGCAUAUGAUCAAUGCAUGGUUCCAUGUUGGACCAUAGAACUUCUUUAGAAACAAAGGGCAAAGUUAGCUAAACAAGUUAUUAGAAUAUUAACUCGAAAGCUCUCCUUUACACCUUUUGAUACAAAUCAUUUCAACACAUGCUUUGUGCAUGCUGCGACUGUCUGACCACAAAUUUACUCUGCUUUGUGAUAGAGCUUUAAUACAGAUUGCACUUGCAUCACGCUUUAGAUUUUCAUUGAGCUGUUCAAAGUUACAAACUUCUGUUACAGUAUCCUGUUUUGUGGGAUGUAUUUCUUCAGUCUUGUAAACAGCUAUCCUCUGUGUUGCUUAUUUUUGGCAUAUGCUAUUUCUGUGUGCUCAACUACUUACUGUGAGUAUGUGAUCUAUCCAGUUGCUACCCCCUAUUUCCCGAAUGCCUAGCAUGGGUGAUGAUA